UAUUUACUAAUAAUGAACAUUAUUCAGAACUCAGGAUGGGCGAAGAAAAGUCCGGCAUGGUGAAGCCGAAGGAGUAUGACUGGAAGGACUCAAACAUGGCCCUGUUCGGGUCUGACACAGACCGAGCGGUGAAGAAGGACGCUGCUGGCAAGGAGCCAGCCUGGAAGAAGUGUGACGAGCCCAAAGUGGGAUUGAAGAUCUGGAGGAUUGUGAAGUUCAUUGUGACUGACUGGCCAGAAGAGGAUUAUAGCAGUUUCUACAGCGGAGACAGCUACAUCAUUCUCAACACGUGGCUGGAGCAGGACGAGAUCAAGUAUGAUCUCCAUUUCUGGAUUGGAAAGCACUCUACACAAGAUGAGUACGGAACUGCCGCCUAUAAGACCGUUGAAUUGGACACUUAUCUGGACGACAAACCCAUCCAACACAGGGAGGUUCAGGGUUACGAGUCUGACUUGUUCAUGACCUACUUCAACGGCAUGAUCUCCAUUAUGGAGGGAGGAGCUGAGACUGGUUUCAGACACGUGCCUCCAGAGUGCUACGAGCCAAGACUUCUCCAACUGGUGGGCGGUCGUACUGACGUUGUGGUUAAGGAGGUUGGAAUGUGGAAGGAACGAAUCAACUCUGAUGACGUGUUCGUCCUUGACGCUGGUCUCCGAAUUCUCCAGUUCAACGGUAAAAACGCCAAUAAAGACGAGCAAAUGAAAGGAGCUCAAUACUGCGCUAAACUGAGGAGUGACCGACCCAAGGCCAAGAUGGAGGUUUCCGAUGAGGAUUGUGAUGGAACCAGGCUGAUCAUGAAGUCGCUCCGGGACGGGGGUCCACCUAAAGAGGAGAAUGUGCGAUACGAGGCUAAACCCGAAGACAGGGUUGUGCUGAGACUCACCGAGAAGGCUGACAAGAGCUACGACUUCGCUGAAGUUGGCAAGGGAGCAGACCUUGAGGGACUCGUCCUCGACCAAGGAGACGUUUAUAUUGUCGAUACUGGUGCCCAUUGUUACGUAUGGAUUGGAACCGGAGCUAGUGACGGAGAGAAAGCUAACGGCUUCUCUUACGCAUCCACCUACCUGGCCCACUCCAGCCACCCCUUCUGCCCUAUCUCCAUCCUGGUUCAGGAGACGGACCUACCCUGUAAACAGGAGACCAUCGGAAAGAAAUAAACACUCCUCGUCGCUUAUAGGUGUAACUGUUUCUGGUCUCUGUUCAUAAAUGAACUUUCAAAAACCUUGUAAUUGUAUUGGACUAUUGAAGUAAAACGGCAAUAUUUUAACCUUAAAUAACGAAUUAAUUGAAGAUAAUGACUGACAUUUAAUUGUAAUAUAUAAACUUUAAAGAGUAUUUUUUUAGAUUUUGGUGUAUGAUAACAAUUCUUGAGAUUUAUAAACAUAACUUUAUCAUCAAAA